CACAUGAUAAAUCAUUUGAAUUCAACAGAUUUAUUUUUGACGUUUGAACAUUGAGGUUUUCACUUUUUGAGUUUAAAGAAUUUUUUUCCUCAGAGCUUGAAUGCUUUAUGUAACCGUUAAUGUAAUUCCGUGAAGGACCUUUGUGCUGUGUUGAAGUGGUACAGGUAUGCAGCUUCACAGCCAGAUUGAUAGGUGGCAGUCUUAAGCUCAGGGCCUAUUAUUGCUGUUUAACUAAAUUCACUAAUAUCUGCAACACUGUGUUAACUUACGCUAACAAUGCACCUUUCUGGUUAGUUCAUAUUUUACAUCGUUCAGGUACACGCGGAUGAGUGACACACAAUAUUGAGUGGUGGUGGCUUAGAGCAGCGUCCCCCUUAGAAUGUCUGCGCACGUCCUUGAAUGACAUAACACCUCAGUGAAAGCCUGAUGACAGAAAAAUGAGAGAAAAGAAGGACUUGAAUGUGAGUCACGAUGUGGACGGAGGCGUGGAGCCAACUGUAGCAUGCAGGCAUCCGAGGCUCCACUCUGCCAGCACUGGCUGCUCCACGGGGAGGGGAGGAUUCACAAAACUGCAGCUCAUGGUCGCCUUCAGUGUGUCGCCUCUUUCUGUGGAGGUGUAGGCGUCAUGACAACCUCAAACAGUGACCACCACCAUCAUCACCGCCUCCUCCUCCUCCUCUUCCUCCCCCACCACGUUGGAUUGGGUCGGCUCAGGCGCAUUGCUUUGCUUCAGCCGUUUUCUCCAGCGCAGUGUUUGGACCCGAGUGUCCCGCAGUGACCAUCGACUGACUGCCGGACUGCAGCAAGUAGUCGACCACCGGCUGAGCUCGGUGUACUACGCAGAGAGGCCGGGCAUGCCAUCUGUCUCGACUGGAAACAUUGCUGUCUGGGACGAAAUUUGCUUUACUACUUGAGGGAAUCAAAGUUGCUGCAAUGGAGACUUCGGGGAGUGAUGCAGCGGUCACAUACUUGGGGAGAGCUGAAGAAGAUCUGGAGCAUCUGCCUCCACUGCUGGAGGAUGAGGAGAAUGUGUCUCUGGCAGACAUCCUUUCUCUGCGGGAUAGCUGUCUGUCUGAGGAGGAGGUGUGGGCAGUGUGUGCAGAGUGUGUCCUGGCUCUGCAGAGCAUCAGACCCUCCCACCUCUUCCACACCCUGUGUAUAACACCAGACACACUGGCCUUCAACGCCCAUGGGAAUGUUUGCUUCAUGGAGCAGCUCAGUGAUGAUCCAGAAGGCUCCUUUGUGCCCCCUGAAUUUGACAACACAGGCAGCACGUUUGAGGGCCAUGUUUACUCUCUGGGCUCUACGCUUUCUGCCGCACUGAACUUUGUCAUCGAGCCAGAGCUGGAGGCAGAGCUGGGUGAAGAAAUCCAGAGGCUGUUGGAGCAGAUGCAGGAGGAGAAGCCUGAGGAUAGGCCUCUCCUGCAGGACAUCCUCUCUCUGGCUGAAGCAAGGCUGUCUCAUACCUUCUCUGCAGCUGUGUGCCGGAAAUUGUCUUCUGUCGGCCGACGCGUGCUCUCCAUUGAAUCAGUAUCAACCUUUCAAGAUGGGCAGGGAUGCUCCUGGGAAGCAAGAUGGCAGCAUCCCACACCCAGAUGUCUGCUUAAAAGACUGAGCUUGGAUGAUACCAAAGAUCUGUGUGUUGACAGUUCUGUUAAAACAAAUGGUCUGUCCAGGCAGCAGGUGUGCGGGGGCUGGGACUCUUCUCUCUGGGCAGAGGAUAUGGACAGCAGCGAAGGAGACAGCAUGAUCUUGGCAGAUGACUUGGACUGUAGGUCACAUAACAGCUCCCCAGUAAGGAGGAGAGCCCAGCAGAGGCUGAACAGGGUGAGGGGGGCUCUUAACCGCUCCUGCUCUGUCCCAGACUCCAACAACCCCCCUUGUCUUUCCCCUCCAUCUCACGGAGAUAUAAGUAUACCUGUAACUGACCUCACUGAGAUAGGUGCGGAUGAACACUUGAGCUGCAAGUCUGUGUGGAGUAACAGACUUCAAAGACUCAACCGGGGCAAGUCUUGUGAUUCUUACCCACAUAGUAGCACUGAGGAUUGUACGAACUCUAUUGUGGACUAUCAAAUGUCGCAAGGGAAUGAGGAUGCCUCAAAGACACUGAGCAGUGGGGAAAAAAAGAUUCAAGGAUCUAACAAGUGCACCCAGGAUACGACAUCUCCCUACACUUCCUGUGAGAAGCUGGAAACGGAACAGGACUCUUCUUUGGACCAAAGCUCAUUGGCCCACAGCCUUUACAUUCCUAAUAACCACAUGACCAAAAGCAUGCUGUGCCUCAAUGAAGAAUCUCAGGAUGAGUGGAUCUCUCUAAGAGAGUUACUUACUCGGUGUGGACGGAGGCUGACAGUUAAUGAGCUGUGGGCUCUGUGCUACACCUGCCUGUCCUCACUGCAGACGUACAUUGACUUUCCAGCCUAUUUAUGUCUGGACACAGUGCACGUGGGCUGCCAGGGAGAAGUGCUUUUCUUGAAACCUAAAAACAUAGGAUCCCGAGAUGAAUUUUUUCUUGCUCCUGAGUAUCAAGAACAUGGAAUUGUGACUGAGAAGGUUUGUGUGUAUGGGGUUGCUGCUAUUCUCUGGGCUACAGCCAAAUACAGCUUAUCACCUAAUCAAAAACUGGCAAUGCCUCGCAAACUGAAGAGACUGCUUCUGGAGAUGGCAAAGAGGACGCCCAUUGAGAGACCUAGCAUCAUCAUGGCCAAAAAAAGCUGUCGUGACUACUUGUCACGUCAAGGGACUAAUGCAGAGACUGUUUGGAACAAACUCAUCAGGAGAGUUCACCCGUCAGCAUCCGGUGAUGCAACCGCAACUCAUCAAACCUUGUGUGAAGAGUCUGCACAAAACAACAGCGGCUUUGUGCCCAUGGCUACUGAGAGCCGACUGGCUCCUGUGCCUGGCCCUGUCCCCCACAGCUAUCCAUUCAACAAGGAAAUCCAGCUCCCAGAAGCCUUCACUUCCACUGCCACACACUUCACCCCCAUUAUCCUGACCAAUGAAAGGGAGGAGAGCCAAGGCCUUGGAGCUGCUGCUGAAGGGACUGUGGAUGGAUCCACAAAGUGCAGUGAACACAUCGAGGAAAACGUCCUCGAUUUCACUUCACCCUCUGAGUACCCAUAUUCUGCACAUGCUAAUAUACAUUCACAGGCUGUUAGUCAGGCUGUUUUAGCUACAGCAUGCAACGGAAAGAUGCUGAUCAACUCUGCUUCUACUCUCCGUGGUGCUUCCUGUUUUGAACUCUCCCGUCCUCAGCCAUUAUCCACUAACCUCAAUGGUUGUGGUGUUUUCAACAAUUACCUUUUCUGUCAGGAUCCUACAACAGGACAGCUUUCCCUCGUGCCUGUGCAGGUUAGAGCUCCAGAGUCUCUCCUCACAUUGGAUAUAAAUUUCUCCCUGCUGCCACAGCCUUUGCAGGGACUGAUCACAGUUCCAGAGAACACUGUUGGUCCAUCUAUUAACAGUCUGAAUGUUCCUGUGAGGCCCAAACCCCAGGAUUAUGGCCCAGUCUCAUCUUCUUUCAAAUGUAGUGCCACCAUUUCUGGCAGCCCCUUGGAGCACAGUGUUCCCAGAGCUUACAAUGGACAAACACAAAGUGAGAACCCAUCUCCUUCCCUCUCCUCCAAAGUCCACCCUGCCUUACAAGAAGUGAUUGAACUGCUCAAGGGGGAGUUUUUACUCAAUGGGCAUUUGGACAGUGGACAUGAAGACAUUGUCAUGGGGGAGUACAUCUUCUCUUUGAAGGACCUCCAGUACCACACGUUUGCCAGUGUUGUGAAGGAGAGGUUCAGUGAUCUGUACUGGGAUGAUGACUUGCUGGGUGUAUUGCACUGCCUGGUUAACUACAGCCCAUCCACACUCGGCUCUAAUGAGCAGCCUCCAUCAAAGGCUGUGAAAAGGGCAGCUCUUACCCAACCCUUGAUAGCCACUGUCUGGGGAGGAAAGAGGGAGGCUUGCAUGUGUGGUUGUCUUGACCUGAAUGGAAACAUUCACACGUCCAGUCCUGCUGCUCUGGAUUCUUGGGAAGGAGCAGAGGCCCACUCCUGUCAUGGAGAAAAUGAGGCUGCACUAGAAGAUUACGAGUUAAGAUCGGAGGAGAGUCAACACUCUGUCUGUCAAGGCAUGAGCACUGACAGUUCGGAUACAGGGGUCAUGGAGGGAGGAGAUCAUUCAGCAGGGGACAGCAAUGAAAGCCCCUCUGAAGCCGAGUUUCUGUCGGAGAGAGGGGAAGGCCUGACGGGAGCCCACUACGAGCAGAUGAGCCCUGAAAGCUCGGAGGAUAUGGAGGACAGUGAUUCUCUGGUGUCAGAGCGACUCCUCUUGCCUGGAUCCAGAGCAGAGGGACCAGGCCUCAGCUUCAGCCCAGUCUGGGACUUAGCCUUCUGUGGGGAAGAUUGUUUUAGUCCAGAGGUGAUCCAGUAUGCAGUGAAUCUGGGGCAGCACACAGGAUCACCGUGUCUGGAUGUGAAAACACAGGAGCUGCAGCAGCAGCUGAUAAUUGAAACAAGGAAUCUAAAGAAAACGAGAAACUUCUACCAGAAGCUGAUUCAACAAGAGAGAAAAAAUAAAGGUUCUGAGAACAAACCGAUGCUGUCCAAACUCAAGUCCCAGUUUGAAGAACUCAGGUCCAAAGUGAUCUUUUUGGACUGUGUGAAGAAAUACCUUGAGAUUCUGAGUGUGGACCAGUGGGGAUUACAGAUUUCAUUACUGCCUUCUUUGGCUGUCCGUGGACCCGGGUCUUUAGACCUCCAAUCUUCUGAGGACCCAUCUGUUCUGAGCUUUGGUACCAGCAAAGGGAAGACCACUCUGCAAGCUGGGUCUCCCCUGGGCCUCAUGGCUUACCUUUAUGCCAGAAAUGCUGCUGUGGAGGGCUACAUCCAGCAGUUUCUGUAUAUCUACCGUUUUUUCUGCACUCCUGAGCAGUUACUGCAGUUUAUAAUGGAUAAAUUCAUCAGUGCUGCAAGACAAGGUCCAGACAUGUCAGGAGACAGUGAAAAGAUCUUUCAUCGUAGUUUGGACUUGCUCCAGUUCUGGAUAACAGACUGUAGACGUGUGGACUUCACACCUAAAUCCAGCAUUGUGGACGCAAUAGAAAACUUCCUUACUACUGAGGUGACUCCUCUAGACAGCCGAGGAGAGGCCCUUCUUGCUGCUCUCCACAGCCCCCCAUGUAGGACUUUGAGCCAGGGAAGAGAGAGCUUGAUCAGCAUUGAGGAAGAAGAUGAUUCUACAUGUGUGCACUCAUCUACUGAGGAUCUUGGGCGAAAGUGGAGAUUUUCAAGAGUAGUGGAGCCUUCUGCAUCCCUGCCCAAAGACAAGGCCUUCUCCAUCGCUACAGCCCUGCCGAUGCCUUGCUACGGCUCUAUGGUGGAUGACCUCGCCAACGUCUGCCUGCACAGUGAAGAGCGAAUCCCCUUCAGCCAGAAUGAACACAGCCCGCAGCACGUAGCCCAGCAGCUCACCCUCCUCCAGCAGGAUAUGUUCCAAGGAUGUCAUCCAGUUCAUUUCCUCAACUCCAGAAUACAAGGAGUCAAGGACAAAGUGUCAACCCCAAACAAAAAUGUGUCUCAACAUGUCCCGCCAGCAGAGGGCAGCAGUCUGCUUGUAUGCGAGGGGACGCCAUCGGGCAGCUACCUCCAGCAUCUUCUCACAUAUGCUGACAGUGUCUCUAACUGGAUCUCUGCUGAAAUAGUCAUCUGUGACUCUGUCAAGACACAAGUUGCUUUGCUGACCAAGUAUCUGUGGAUUGGAAAACACUGCUACCAAUCAAGGAACUUUGCCACAGCCAUGCAGAUCCUCGCAGGACUGGAGAACGUGAUUGUCAGGCAAUUACCAGCUUGGAAACAUCUGUCUUCCAAGGUGUGUGAGAUCCUGGAGGAGCUACGAGCCGUGCAGGUGUUUCUGAAGAGUGACGACCUGUGUCUGAUGAGGGGAGAACAUAGCAGGAGGAGGCCCACCCUGCCGUCAGCGCACAUCCUGGCCAUGCAUGUGCAGCAGCUGGAGAUCGGAGCCUUCACGCUGACUACUGGAGCUUAUAAGUGGCCCAAGCUCAGGAGCAUAGCAAAGGUUGUGAGUCAGGUCCAUGCUUUCCAGGAAGCUGUAUGCCCCUACAGCCCUGACCGGGAGCUGCAAGCCUACCUUCGGCGCCGCAUCGCUCGACUCGCCACCUCUGACAUCCACCUUUUGGUUGCCGACAGCGAUGCCAACUUCCAGCAGUCCAGCGAGCGACAAACACGGAGGAUCCAGGAAACACUGAGGAGGGUUAAGGCCACCUUCCAAUGAGCCCUGCCCCAGUCACAUCUCACAUCCCGGAGAGGAACACCACCACCAGGUCAACGCCCCAUGUCAGAGACCAGACUGAGAACCCAUGCCUAAGCCACGACCCACAGGUGUCUCUGUUGUAGUGGCAGCAGAUCCUCGUGGACUGGAAAACUUUUUCUGCUGUUUCUAUGUUCUAUAUGUGUCAGAGAGGCCCCUUAACUUAAGUCAAUAAUGUCAGCUUAGAAAUUAAGGCAAACUUUAUUCAUAACUCACACCCUUACGAUUACACAGCUUCUGCCGAUGAAUGUGUCGUUUUCCCUCACAAAUCUGUAUGGUUUGAUGUUAGCGUUUUUCUUUCACAGAGAAAAAUAGGUUAAGAGGCUAUUUUUGUAAUCUGCGUUGAUUUUUUUCUCAUUUUAUACAGCGUACUGACUUUUUUUUAAACAUUAUUUGUGAUUUGACCCUGUAAUUUAACUGUCAAAGGCUUUAUAUAAUCUUGUAUGGACUGACCACGGCAGCAGUGCAAAGUGCAUGUCCCAACAUCAACGCUGGAUUACCAACAUGCUAAAGUAGGAAACCGCAUCAGGCUCCCCAGAAGGCCCCCUGUGUAGCCUUGUGAGGAAAUGAUCAAUUUGUUUUAGAAUAUGCACCACAAAAGGACAAAAUCAUCUGUGAAAUCCUGCUUUGUAGCCAUGCUAGCAGCAAGCGUAGGAGUCACAAUGCUGGUCUGUCAGUCCACCGCUUUGAGGUUCACAUGUGUAGUUUCCAGUGAAACAUCUCCAUAACUACCAGAUGAAUUGCCAUGAAAUUUGUAUCAGAUAAUCAUGUCCCACUCAGGCUAAAUUGUUACAACUCCAGUGCAGCGUUGCAGUGAUUAAUCAAUUCAUCAGUUAGUCUGUUGAAAGAAAAUUAGUUGCCAACUGCUUUUUCAUUUCAGUCAUUUUUCAAGCAGAAAUGUUUAUUAAUCAGGAACAGAAUUGUGAGAUUGAUGGAUAAUGAAAAUAAUUCUUAGUUGCAGCCCUACUCCAGUGAAACCUAAUCAUAAGACAUGAUAAGCAUUUAGACAUGGGGAUAAAAGCCCACACUUUCACACACAAUAGUGUCUCCUGCAAGGGGUUCAUGGUGUUACGCUCAGUCGUUCACGUGGAAAGGGACAGGGAUUAUUUUUGUGAAGAGGUUUUAAAGUCAACAUCUAUUUCUUAUGAGACUUAUAUCAACUGAUACUGUGCUUACAAGGUGCAUAUUCCUAAAUUAGCUUAUAUUUCAUCAUAUCACCACACAGCUAAUCUGGGAACGUGUCACUCCUGCAGAGGAACUGUGCGAGUUGUAAGCAUGGGCACAGAGGCUAAUUUACACCCCAGGUUUAAAGGUUAAUCCAGCCCUGUCAAACGUCGAUGGAUCUGAAUUGUGUUUCCCUUCAAUUGAGACAAAGUAAUCCAGAAAGCACCACAUUUACUGAACCGUUUAUUGAUUCAAUAUUUUGUUUAACCUACAACUUGUAAUUUCUUUGUUUUUUUUUGGUUUUGUUUUGUUUUUUACAAAAUAGGAAUUUACCAAAUUAAGUUUCUAUGACUAGAUUGCUAAAAUUAAUAUUUAAACAGCACAAUGUGAAAUGAUUGCAUUUAUUAUGAGUAGUUUGUCGUGAAGGGAAAAGGCUAGACAAGUUUACUAUGAUGGCAGUACCUUUUCGUGACACAGAACACGAUAGAACAUAAUGAAAUGUCAGUGUGCCAAAUGUUUCUUGAGGAAUGAUGUUCAGUCAGUGUGUAUUUUUCUAUUUUCCUGCCUGCUCUUUCUCUUCCAUGGUCUUCUGCCAUGCAACACACCGUGGAGAUGGAAUGUGACGUGCUAUGAAGAUUUGCUUAAUUUAGUCAAAUAAAUGAGAUUUUAUAAGCCCCGUCAUGCCAAAGCUCGUUGUUGUCAGACAAUAUCCUUGAUAGACUGGCUGUAUGGCAGGUCACCGCACUGUUACAUCUGUCAGGGGAUGUGGAAUGUGUUGGAAGGAGCUGAAGCUGGCCUUCCUUUCCUCCUGUAGGGAUUUAAAGUGUAUAUGAUAAUGAGUGAACUUAGUGUGCCUGACCACAAGGGCACUUCACCACUUUGUCAUAAUAUUUGGAUAUCCAGGCAAAUGCUAAGCCUGACAUUGGCUUUAUUUCCUCAGUGACUGGGGCCCCACAGACUCCACAGCUGGAAGUGUAAAAAUAAAAAUAAAUUACCAACUUAA